UCUGUUUGGCUUUACUGUUGGUCAAUUGUUUGUAUAAUCCUUCACGAAAUAGGCUAUUUGUUACAUGAUAAGAUAUCUCACCCUGGCAAAAAAAAAAAAAAAAAAAACGAAUUGAUUGGCGGUCUAACUAAACUUGACAGUAUCAUUAUUCUUUUUAUUUCUCCCUUUUCUUCCUUUGUCUUUUUUUUUUUUUUUUUUUUUUUUCUUUACCUCUUGUCUCUUAAGAGGGAGCUUCUUUAA